UAUGGCGGAGCUCGUGUCGUUUCCCGCCAAGCCCUCACGGAGCUCUCGUAUGGCGCACCUCACUUAUAUAUCAGUAUAAAUUAAUCGUGUUUUUUUGUGGUUUUUCUCAAGUUUUUACAUAAAAAUGGGGCAGUCAGACGAUGUAGAAGAUUCUACUUACAGUAGACAUCAAGAUUUGUGUCAGAAAUUGAAUAUGGAUGCGACUGCUGCAUCUGAAGCUUGGAAAUCUUAUGAGACUAUUCGACAAAAUUAUACUCUUGAGGGUGAUCAGUUACAUUGGAUAGGGUGUGCAUUAUAUGUAGCUUGCCGUAAGUCAUCUAUACCUACUGUUGGAAAGACUGGUACUAAUGUGGAAGGAAAUUGUGUUUCAUUGACACGUUUAUUACAAUUGUGUAAUCUUCCUUUGAUACAGUUUUUUACAAAAAGUAAAUCUUGGGCUGACAUGGCCAAUAUGUCACAAGAUUUUCGUUCAAAGAUUGAGAAACUUGAAGGAAACUUUGCAGUGUCAAUGGUUAUAUUCAAAAAGUAUCAGCCAAUCUUUACUGACAUAUUUAAAGAUCCUGUAGAUGAUAUUUCACGGCCACCAAGAUCAAGGAGACACAAAGCAAUGCCUUGUACACCUGCAAGAGUAUUUGAAUUUUGUUGGACAUUAUUUAUUUGUAUAAAGGGAGCAUUUCCAGAUAUCUCUGAUGAUUUAGUUAAUUCUUACCAUCUUCUCCUAGUGUGUUGUGAUCUUAUAUAUAGCAAUGCUUUGUUGGCUAACAGGAAGGACCUAUUAAAUCCUAAUUUUCCUGGUUUACCAUCAAAUUUUAAUGAUGAAAAUUAUACUCCACCACAGACAGCAAAUUGUAUUGUUAGCUUAUUAUGUGAACGUCAUGAAGCUAUUGCUGUUGAAGCUAAAGUAAUUAAGGAAUAUUAUCUGAAAAAUCAUAUUAAUAAAUUGUUCAAUGAAAGAGUUCUGCGUGGUGAUCAGACAAAUUUCUCUGGUAUUUUAGAAGCUUUAUAUUUUGAUGGAAAUAGCAAAGCUAUCAACAGAGUGUAUGAACAACAUGUACUAAGUGUUGGAGACUUUGAUGAAAGGAUUUUCUUAGCUGAUUGGAGAAGAGUGAGAUUAAAUGGAAUAUCAAGUUUGGAAAUUGUUGGAGAAGAUAUAGCUUAUCAUGCUAAAUUAUCUAAACGUAUUUUCAUGAGAGGUCAUGAUGCCAGUAAUAACAUCGGUUCACCUACACAGAUGAUGAAUGUUGGUGAUCUUCAUGAACAGUUUCAAAUGAAGAAAGAACAAUAUAGCGGACAGAUACAACACUUAGCUCCACCCACUCCAUUAACUGGACGCAGUUACCUCAGACCAAAAGAUAUUACUAAUGUGACACCAGUAUCCACUGCGACGCAGAGUGUAAUUCGACUCCAAGCUAUGUUAGCAGGUCAAACAUCACCGAGCGAAAAUUUGUUGCAAAUCUUAAAUAGUUGCUCUCAAGACGUAAAGACGCUCGUUGAGACGAAAGUCAAAGAGCUCGGAGAACUAUUUUGCGCCAACUACAACAAAAGUACAAACGCGAAUGAUACCACGUCAGAUUUUGGGAAGAUGAGACUUUAUUUAGGUCAAACCCUUUUCUAUAGACUUCUAGAAAUGAUUUUAAAUGACGAGAAACGCAAGAAACCAAAUUAUGACGUUACGAAUCUUCUGACAAAAGAAAUCUUUAUUCAGUGCUUAUUUGCCUGUUGCUUAGAGAUAGUCAUUUACUCGUAUAAAAGUAAUGACAAAAUCUUCCCUUGGAUUCUGAACGCCUUGAAUUUAGAUGCCUACUAUUUCUAUAAAGUGAUAGAAAUUAUAGUUAGAGCGGAAAAUCAAUUAUCACGCGAUGUUGUAAAGCAUUUGAAUCAAAUAGAGGAAAAGAUAUUAGAAUCACUUGCAUGGCAAAGUGAUAGUCCUUUGUGGGGUGCCAUUCAAUCCACGCCUGAAGGUGUACCAAGCUGCGAAGAAGUUUCUUUACCAGGCAUGCUGGAAACUGUUGACCCAAAUAUACCAGGACAACCCGUGUUGAGAAGAAUCGCUUUGGAUCGUGGUACUCAUCACGAUGUUCAACAAAGCCCUAUUUCCUCUGCUUCAGAAAGAUUUCAGUCUCCUGUUGCAGCAUCUGGUGUAGCUAAGAAACGUCUAUUUCCUGACACUAGAAUCGGUGGACAAAGCGUCUUACGAGUGACAGGUCAAAGUGUUUUACCAUCAAAAGUUCUGACCAUUGAUGGCAAUUCAAGAAUACUUCUCUUACCUGAACAAAUUACAGUUCCAAGAUCAUCUAGUGUACAAUCUACAGGUACUCCGAUGCAAACUGUAGCAGUUAACAGAGAACCAGCAAAACCAAAACGAACCGGUUCUGUCGCACUAUUUUUCAGGAAAUUCUAUAAUCUAGCUAGUGUACGCAUGCUAGAUUUAUGCGGUUCGUUAGAAAUAAUGGACAUCGAUUUAAAGAAGAAGAUAUGGACGAUCUUUGAGUACUCUAUUAAGGAACGAACAGAAUUAAUGAAGGACCGUCACUUAGAUCAAAUUUUAAUGUGUGCAAUUUACGUCAUAUGCAAGUUGGCAAAGAUGGAGAAGAAUUCGUUCACUGAAAUCAUGCGAUGUUACCGAUUACAACCACAAGCAGAAUCUCACAUAUAUAGAUCAGUACUUAUAGCCAAAACACCGUCCGGCGAAUCACAAAAGAAUAAUGAAGAGAUCGGGCAGAAAGAUGUAUCCGAUAAAGAAACCAAUGCGGCACCUCCUACGCCUACAAACAUGGCUGGGACUUCGCAGAACUUCGGAGAAGAAACACGUGGGGAUUUAAUUAAAUUUUACAAUACAGUAUACGUACCACAGGUGAAAGAAGUGGCGAAUAAGUUGGGACUAGCACGCGGAAGCGUAAUGAAUCUAUCAUUAAGUCCAUUACCGAAAGGGAAACCUCCCGCGAGUUCACCGGUGAGACGUGUCACCAGUAGUAUUAUGACACGUACAUUAGAUCCGAAAGCUAUUUCUGCUUCUCCAGCACCACAACUUAGUUAUUGCUUUAGUCGUAGUCCUGCUAAGGAUUUGGAGGCUAUUAAUAAAAUGAUGAUUUCUGUCGACCCGAAAAGAUCUGUGGGCAAGCGACUUUUAACGGAUGAAACCGACGUGGAGAUGUCAGAUGGAGGACCAUCUCCGAUCAAAAAAACAACUACAUUUGUUGCGCGAAAAUUGGAAAACAUAAUUGGCGAACGACGUACGCAAAAUCAAUAAGAGAAUUUAAUUGAACGUUAAAAUAACUUAUUGAAACUAUGGGUAAUGAAAGGAAAACUAUUUUUUUGAGACGUCUUCGUUCUCAUUAAAUAAAAAAUAAUUAAUUAAAAAAUCAAACAAAUAGGAACAAUCAUUUUGAAGUUGAAUUUUUGUUUCUUGGCUGUGUGGCUUAAAAUAAAUGAAAUGUUCGCUCGAAAUGUUCUCAGGUAUGAUCAUGUUAGAAACAGAGAGAAAGGCCGUGUAAUAACUGAUCGUACGUAGGAAUAGGAUAAUGUUAUAUUAGAUAAAGCCAGAAUUUUAUUUCCAGUGCGCUUUUUCAAUUAUUUCAAUGAAUUUAAUUGAAAGAAAGUUAUUUUAAGCAUUGUUUCAAAAGCAAUAAUUCCAGGAUGUAAAAAAGUUAAUUUGGGCAUUUCCUUAGCACUUCUUCCUUAGAUGUAGUUUAAUUUUAAAUAUUAUAUUUUCGUUAUGUAAGUAUUCCGUAUCACAUGUUAAUAGAGAAGAUACGAAAAACAUAUAUUACGUGUCUAUCAAUUGAUAAUUAUGAAUGAAUCGUUCGAUUUUCGUGUUACACUGGAAAUGAUUCUGACUUUUAUUGAUAUCGCUGAUCAGUGAUAUUUUAAUCAAGUUAUGUACUAUCUUUACAAUUAUAUAUAUUAACUUAUAUAUAAUAUAUGAUGAAUUUGUAAAAGUUACGGUCAUAGACGUUAAAGAAAUUUUAUUUUACCAGUAGAUUUAAACAUGCUACAAAGGCAGUCGAGUGCUCGAAGCAUGCAAAUACGAUCUGGGUGAUAUUUAAUUAAAUGUACGAUCAUUUGAUAUAUACAUAUAUAUAUAUAUAUAUAUAUAUAUAUAUAUAUAUAUAUAUAUAUAUAUAUAUAUAUAUUGUUUGAUCUUUCGAUUAUAAUAAGUUAUUCGCGUGUCACGGAGAUUUCGUUUGUUUCGUGAACUGAGACUUUUUCAAUUUCCGAUCACACCUAACUAGGUGUGUAAUGUUAGGAUGUAAGCGUUCUUUUUUAUUUUUCUGUUUUUUUUUUUUCCAAAUUUUACAUUUGAUCUCAUUAAAUUUGUCUUUUUAUUGUCAAACAAUACAUAUUAAAUUACAGAUAAUAUUAUUAAGAUUAGAUCGAUAUUUAAAUAACUUAGGGUUUAAAGGAAAGCUCUCAUUUGUCCAAGAAAUUUUUC